AUGGCUACUGGAGGAAUGCAGGCCGCCAUCGAGCCUUUUAGCGGCAAGAACUGGUCAUCCUGGAUCCAGCGCCUGACCUUCUACUUCGUGGCGAACGACGUCUGCGACGAGCAAAAGAAGCGCGCGCUCCUCCUGACGCUAUGCGGAGCCGACACCUUUGAGACUGCCUGCGCUCUGGUCGCACCGAAGACGCCUGAAGAGGUGGGCUAUACCGACAUAGUUGCCCUUCUGCAGAAACACUUCGAUCCACGACUGUCUGAGUUGUACAGCCGGUACGUGUUCCAGCGACGCGACCAGCGGCCGGAAGAGUCGAUCAGCAACUACUUUGCAGCCCUCAGAAGCUUGUCAGCUGACUGUAACUUCGGAGUGCCAGCGACAACGUCUGCUACAUCGACGCCACCGGCAGAAGGCCACGCAGCCGUUCUGGCGAACCCCACCAUGCUGCCCCAAGAUGUGAUGCUUCGCGACAGGUUCGUGUGCGGCAUCCGCGACGAGCAUCUGCAGCAGCGACUGUUCGCGGAGAAAGACUUGACUUUUCAACGCGCGUUGGACUUGGCACUGUCGUCCGAAAGUGCGUCGAAGCAGCAACGAGGACUUAAGGGAGCGACGAGCUCCGGAGAGGUGCAUAAGACUUCACAGUCUAAAAAGGAAAGCAAACAUUCGGCUCAGCAGCGGCGCUGCUACCGAUGCGACGGCUGGCACGAGGCAGACACCUGCAAGUUCAGGACAGCGCAAUGUCGUUUUUGUUCCAAAAAGGGUCACAUCGAGAACGCCUGCAUCUCCAAAAAGAAGAAAAACAAAGAAGGCAACCUCAACGCCCGGCAAGGAACUCACAUGGUUAACGCCCAACCUGUGUGCUACGACCUCGAAGACACCGAUAGGUGUUACGACCUACAUGCCAUGAAAGGGACUGGGUGCAACCUGCUCGGACGUGACUGGUUUUCAGCACUGAACAUCCGUGUUCACGGAAUAAACCAGGUCGCCGAACCAAGUCAAGAGAUCCAGGAGGUUCUCGCACUCCAUCCUGAUGUAUUUAAGGAAGGUAUCGACGGCUACGUGGGUCCAUUGGUUCACUUGGACUUGGAAGAAGGUGCCACACCCAAGUUUUGCAAAGCACGUCCAGUACCUCUAGCUUACCAAGAGCCUAUGGAGGAAGAGCUCGACCGUCUGCAAAAAGAAGGUAUCCUGGGGCCGACGCAACAUGCCGAAAUGGCCACACCUUUGGUAGCGACGGUAGCUGCAGAGUUGUAUGUGCUUCUCGAGAGGAACACGCCCUGGAAGUGGGAGAAAAAACAUCAGGAUGCGUUCGAGAUGCUUAAGAAGAUGAUUCGGUCUUCGACAGUCCUUGCGCAUUAUGACGAAAAAAGGCCUCUCAUUCUGUCCGUGGAUGCGUCGCCAUACGGCAUCGGCGCAAUUCUCGCUCAAAAGGAUGCGUUCGGCCGAGAGGCUCCCAUUGCAUUCGCGUCACGAACUUUGGGAACCGCUGAGAAAAACUACUCGCAGCUCGAUAAAGAGGGCCUUGCGGUAGUUUAUGGCGUCAGCCACUUUCACCAAUAUGUCGCUGGCCGGCACGUGACCGUAUUAACGGAUCACCAACCGCUCCUAGGCAUCAUGGGGGAAAAGAAGCAAAUCCCUCAGAUAUUGUCACCGAGGAUGACUCGAUGGUGUCUGAAAUUGGCCACAUAUGACUACGACUUGGUGUACAGGCCUGGACGCCUGCACCAAAAUGCUGACGCACUCAGCAGGCUGCCACUGCCCGCGCAGGUAGAUGAGCCAUGCUCCCCUGGAGAUGUGCUUAUGCUUGCAUCCGCGCCACGUUUCGAGCUGUCACCGCGUCAACUGGCUGAGCUGACCCGGAAUGACCCACUGUUAUCCCGCGUGAUGACAGCCGUCGCAAACGGAGAGCUACGGAGGUUGCCCAAGCAGGAAUUUUCGGCGUUCACAAAGCUUGGACACGAGCUUUCGCUACAGGAAGGCUGCGUUAUCCGUGGUGCCAGACUGGUCGUUCCAGAGAAAGCAAGGAAGGACGUGCUCGACUUAGCACAUGCAGGUCACAGGGGCGUGGUAGAUAUGAAGGCGUGCGCUCGAGGCUAUUUUUGGUGGCCCGGUGUCGACAACGACAUAGAGCGGGUGGUCAAAAGUUGUGCAACUUGCUGCCAGUACCAGAAAACGCCAACUAAAGCACCAGCUCCCGAGUGGAAACGUGCGACAACACCAUGGCACACAAUCCACGCUGACUUCGCUGGGCCUGUGGAGGGAAGGAUGCUCCUAAUUGUAGUCGACGCAUACAGCAAGUGGCUCGAAGUGCGCACUAUGCGGAACAUACAGUCGCCGACACUGAUCGAGGAACUGCGAAACCUGUUCGCAACUUUCGGCAUUCCCGAAAGGCGGAAGCGCCGCCGCCGCAUGAUCUGCCCACAACGCCCGACUCCGAGCAUAGCGAAGCUGAGGCCAGGCUGGACACUUGUGCGACGCAAGCUCGCGAUGACCAACCCAGCGGGUCCGCGCAGCACCAAAGUGCGCCUAGGCCCCAACGUGAUCGGCGUCCACCUGACCGAUCCGGUGACCCCAUCUAAGGGCUAA